UCCCACCCUGAAAAAAACCGAAACAGCUCAAUUUUGGGGGAAACCUCAAGCUUCUACGCAGCCCUGCAUGUUUUUGCCCAGGGAGGGCAGCGCAGGUGGGAUGGCUGGCUGCAGCCCCUGCCAGCUGCCCCCAGGCAAGCAAGCUUGGAAGAUAUACGUAGCUGUGGCCCUCUGGGUGGCUGUCGUGGUGCUGGCGGUAACCCUUCCCACCAUGCUCUGCCAGCAGGCUACGGGCUCUGCAAUGGUGGGAAACAACUUGGCGGGGCUGGCGGAGCUGAAAGAGGUGCUGGCUGUCACCAACCAGUCCCUCGCCAAAGCCCACAGGCAGUGGGACACUUGCAGGAAGCAGCUGGGUGUGCUGGAGGGGAGAAGCUCGGAGCUGAAUCAGGCACUCACCAACAUAACCCAGCUGCAAGAGGAGAACGUGGUGCUCAGGGCAGAGGUGGCCCAGCAGCAGGAGCAGCUGAGGGACCUGCAGAGCAGCAGGGACAAGCUCCAGCUGCAGAACCAGCUCCUGCAGCAGCAGCUCCAGGACAUGAAGAGCCAGCAUUCAGGUGGGAGCAGGCUCCCGGCCGUGUCCCUCAGCCUCCUGGCUCUCCUCCUCCCCAGGAUGCUCCUCCUGUGAGCCCGAAGCAGCAGGAACAAGGGUCUCCCUGAUUCUCCAUCGUGGGGCGAUUUCCCUCCAGCCACCAAAGGCUGUGCCCAGAGCGAGGGAGGGGAUGGGGGGGCGGGCAGGAGGGGACAGAGAUGUAGCACUGUGCUACACACAGGUCUACGCAGUGUUGAGGGUUCCACAGGCACUUCACAGUCAGGUGAUUUUUAACCAAUUUCCAAUAUAAACUUGUGAAAAUCCAGUGUUUUGUUGCUUCAGCAGCUCUUGGGGACCCAGAGCCCCAGCCUUGCUGCACAGUGGGGACAAGAGGGUGCUGCAGAAACCCCUCAGGUGGAUGACAGCCUCAGCAUCCCCGGCACCCACCGGACCCAGGCUGCAUCUCCACUUAUCCCCGCAGUUGUGACCCGUGGCCGGGCACAGGGGCAGAGUGUCCUCCCACCUCCAGCACAAACAACGUCUAUUCUGGGCUGUGACCUGUGAGAAACCACAGCCCAAAGCGGUGUUUGGUAAGAAAAACCCACACACGGCAAUUACAGCAAGCCAGGGAGCAACCUGCCUCGGGGACACUGGCACAUCCCGGGCAGCCGCCGCCGGAGCAGGUCAGCGGCCCUGUGUCCCCCCCUCCGGUAUGGACCCCACGGUGCCCAAAGCCACCCUGAAGGUGCUGGGACUGUGCGCGGUGCUGCUGGUGCUGGUGGCAGCCGUGACCGUCUCAGUGGCGGUGAUGGUGUGGCGCUCGGAGGCGGUGGGGAAGCUACGGGGCUGCCGGGAACGGGCGGCCAACGAGAGCCGGGAGCUGGGGAACCGCGUGGCCGAGCUGGAGCGGGAGCGAGCGCGGCUGCAGCGGGCAGCGGCGGCGGGGGCGCGGGUGGAGGAUGCUCUGCGGCGGGAGAUCGCCCAGGCCCGUGGCAACGGCAAGAAGCUCAACGCCAGCCUGGCGUCCUGCCGGGAGCGGGCGGCCACGCUGGAGGCCAACGCGACGGCGCUGCAGGACGAGGUGCUGGCGCUGCGGCGCGAACAGGCUGAGCUGGCCCGCGGCAAGGCGGCUUUGCAAGAGGAGCUGGCGCGGGGUGAGGAGCAGGUGCUGGGGCUGCGGCAGCGGCUCGAGGAGGCAGCGGAGCAGCGGCGAGUGCUGCAGGCACGGGGGGAACAGUGCGAGGCCCGGCAGAAAGAGCUCGAGGCCACCCUGCGGGGUUACGCGGCCGAGGUCGAUGCGCUGCGGCGGCGGGCGAGGGGACGAUCGACUGGACGCAGGUGCCCCCCGUCCCGGAAGGGCUGA